UCGUUCGGGCAACUUUCAACUUUAUAUCAAUUAAAAAUACGCGAUAUGUCUCCUCAGGUCGCAUCCUCUACGACGUACCAUGUACAGUAUGCAGUGAUCAUUCUUCCGGCAAGCACUAUGGCGUGUUCGCGUGUGACGGCUGCGCAGGUUUCUUCAAACGUUCAGUGCGCCGCAACCGCCGGUACGCAUGCACCGCGCGAAGCCCCGGUGCUUGCCUCGUUGACAAAGCGCAUCGUAACCAGUGCCGUGCGUGUCGACUCGCCAAAUGCCUGGACGCUGGCAUGAACAAAGACGCGGUUCAAGAUGAGAGAGGCCCGAGAAACUCAACUAUGCGUCGACAAAUGGCUUUGCUUCUGAAAGAUCCAGUUCCUUCGUCAGAGAUCAGACUUCAUCCGGCUUUGGAUCUAGCUCUGCCCAAACAUAAUUUAGUACCUGCGCCGCCCUUAACAUUAUUUCAUAGUCCGUAUCCUUACAGACUCAAUCUCAUGACGCCUUCUGUGGCACCUUGUGACUUUAAAAUUCCGUCUCCUCCGCCCAUAAUUCCCUCGCUUCUGACUCCGUCUGAUCCCGAAGCGAUAUGUGAAUCUGCUGCACGACUCCUCUUUAUGAAUGUGAAAUGGGCCAAGAAUGUACCAGCAUUCACUUCGCUGUCCCUUUCGGACAGAUUUAUAUUAUUGGAAGAAUCGUGGAGAGACCUCUUCGUUAUUGGUUCAGCGCAGUUUUUAUAUCCACUAGAUUUAAGGGUAUUGGUCGAUGGAACGAAUCCCAGAAUAGAUUUCAAAGAAAUAGAAAUGUUUGAGAGUGUGUUAACGGAGUUCGCAAAAGUUCGCCCAGAUUACAGCGAGUACACUUGUCUGCGAACCAUUGCUUUGUUUAAGACUAAUUUCGGUGAGACGAGCGGAGGUUGUAGUCCGAGCCAGGCAGAAUUAAAAAAACUGCAAGAUCUACCAGCGGUGGCGGCAUUACAGGACCAUUCACUGGCUGUUUUAAAUGAGUAUUCAGUUCGGUCGUACCCUCUAGUGGCGUCUCGGGCGGGUCAGUUACUGCAGCUGCUGAAUGCCGCGCGGCGGGUACCCGGCAACGCCGUCGUCGAACUGUUCUUCCGAACCACCAUCGGUGAAAUCCCUAUCGAACGCAUCAUUUGUGACAUGUACCGCACUGGCAAGGAUCCUGUGUAAAUCCUUUGUCACUGUAACAUAGUGUUCCCCAAUUAGUGGUAUCUAUUAUUCCUACUCUAGUACAUGAUAACAACGUGUUUAAUAUGUGUAAUGAUCUCUUGCCUAAAACGUCCCCAUUCGUUUAUAACGUAAAGCACUUUUAAAGUAAGUAAAUCCAGUACUUAAUUCGUAAGUCCUUGUAACUUUAGUAGGCGUAAAUUCUAUAUUUAUAAUAGAAACAAAAUGUCAUACCUGCAUAUUUGUAUCUGUACUAGUUUAUGUCGAAGAGAACGCGACGCGGUGAAAAUCCGUUCGAAUUUUAUCAUGCGAGCUGUAAGGUUUAAGUAGUUAAAAGCUGUUUUUGUUUUCACCGCAAAACGCUAUAUAUCAUUACUUUUUUUUAUUACUGCUGUGAUAUUCUGUAGCUGUAUUUCGAAAUUAAAUGAUAG